AUGGCACCGGAAAUUUUUGUUAAAUUCAAGUGUGCAAGUAGAGACAUAAAGCUACUAUGGGCGUCCGUCUUUCUUAGACUUCUAUCAUAUGGUUUAACAAAUCAAGUUUUGACGCUUUUUUUAAAUGCCAUCAAUAUGACAGAGGAUAAAAUUGGGCUGUUUAUGUCAUUAACACUGGCAGGGGAUGUAAUUUGCUCUUACAUUCUUACUUGGUAUGCGGAUUCCUGGGGCCGAAGAAGAGUCCUAGUUUAUGGUUGUGCAAUGAUGUUGUUAAGUGGGUUGGUUUUCAGUUUUAGCGAAAAUUUCACCCUCUUGCUAGUAUUUGCUAUCUUCGGUGUUAUAUCGCCUUCAAGUGAUGAAGUCGGGCCUUUCAAAUCUAUAGAAGAGGCCAUGAUUGCACAUCUGAGUCCUCAUAAUGCAAGACCAGAGAUUUAUGCUAUUCACGCCUUGGUUGGAACAAUUGGAAGCGCUCUAGGUGCAAUAAUUUGUGGUAUAUUUGUAGAUCUUUUGAAAAGAACUGGUUUAGCUGCUACUGAUUUGCAAUGUUAUAAAUUAGUUUUCUUACUGUAUGCCUUCUUCGCCUUUUGCAAAAUGGUCAUCAUGCUCUUAUUAUCAGAUGCUACAGAAUUGGACGGGCAUUAUGAACAUACAGAUUGCAAUGAAGAAACAGCUGAACCAUUGGACGUUAACGAUGAAACUGCACCAUUAAUGAGACAAGCAACUCACCCAGAAGAAAGAUCCAACAAACUAUCUAAGGAGACCGUUUCGGUUUUGAUGAAAUUGUUAGUAAUCUUCAUGGUCGACUCUCUCGGGUCCGGGUUUAUGACAAGUGGCUGGAUGGUUUACUACUAUAGUAAGCAAUUUUUGAUGGGAUCUCUGGCGUUGGGUACUUUAUUUUUCAUCACGCAACUGGUUAUGGCAUCUUCCACCAUCCCAUCAUCAAUAAUUGCCAGAUGUUUUGGCCCAGUAAGAGCCACACUAUUGGUCCAAAUUCCAUCAGGGAUAUUUUCUAUUCUCAUCCCUAUGGCCAAGAAUUACUUGCCCUUAUCUAUUUUGUUUUUGAAUCUGCAUUUUGCAACAACUGCCAUGGACGUUACACCAAGGCAAAUUCUAUUAACAAAUAUCAUCAAACCAAGAGAUUUAACCAAAGUUAUGGGGGUGGUCAACAUUGGAAAGACAUUUGCUCGGUGUGUUGGUCCAAUAUUCACGGGUAUACUUGCUAACAAUAAUUAUUUAUGGCUAUGUUACAUCAUUAGUGGGUCCUUGGUGAUAACGGCGGAUCUAAUACUGGCAUGCAUGUUUUUAGGAGUGGACGCUAAAAUUAAAAAGCAAAUGAACCGCCAUUAA